GCCGGGAGGGCUCUCCUGGCGUCCUGCCGCACUCUCCCGCCCUGGCCCCGCAGGACACUUUCGCCCGAGGCCCGCCGAGGCGCAGACCCCGCCACGCCACGGCCCCCCGCCUGCCCCUCGCACCGGGAGAGGCCGGAGCCCCGCCGGCUGCCGCCUCCCCUCAGCGCCGCCGCCCGCCGGGGGCGCAGCCCGGGGGAGGGCGCCUCCCGCCCGCGCACGGCUCGGCCCCCGCCUGCCCACGCGGGGCGGCUCCGGGCGGCCGGCGAGACGGCCGCGACAGCCUUCCCGCGGGCCGGGUCAGGCCGGGCCGGGCGGCGGCAGCAGGAUGGGGCUGGAGCUGUACCUGGACCUGCUCUCGCAGCCCUGCCGCUCCAUCUACAUCUUCGCCCGGAGCAACAACAUCCCCUUCGAGUUCAAGCACGUGGAGCUCUUCAAAGACUCGGUGCUGGGGAAGAAGCCGGCGGCGGGGAGCGGCGCGGAGCAGCCCCGCGCAGGGCCAUCAAAUAGUGAAGGAGCUGGCAAAGUCAGCCUCUUGAAGAAAGUACCAGCGUUAAAGGAUGGAGACUUCACCCUAGCUGAAUGCACUGCCAUUCUGCUGUAUCUGAGUCGAAAGUACAACACUCCCGACCACUGGUACCCAUCAGACAUACAAAAGCGGGCCCAGGUAGAUGAAUACCUCUCAUGGCAUCAUGCUAACAUCCGGGCUAAUGCUCCUAAGACCAUGUGGAUCAAGGUGCUGAUUCCCCUCUUCACAGGGCAGCCACUGCCCUCCGAGAAGCUCCAGGAGGUUAUGGAGGGGCUGUCCACUUCCCUGAAGCAAUUUGAGGAGAGGUUUCUGCAGGACAAGGCUUUUAUCAUCGGGAGUGAGAUCUCUCUGGCGGAUCUUGUGGCCAUUGUGGAGCUGAUGCAAGUGAGUGCUGGAGUGUGGUACACUUGUGGUGCCUGUUGUCUCGGUGAAGAAGCGACUGCCCAAAGCCUCACUGUUGCUCUCUCCCCUUUCUGCAGCCCGUUGGAGUUGGUUGUGACAUCUUUGAAGACAGACCUAGGCUGAUGGAGUGGCGCAGGCGGGUGGAGGAUGCUGUGGGGAAAGAGCUUUUCUUCCAAGCCCAUGAGAUGAUCCUCAAUAUCAAAGAACUGAGCAACAUUCAGAUUGAUCCACAGCUGAAGGAGCAUCUGGCACCUGUAUUGAUGAAGAUGUUGAAAUGAAUUAACCUAUCUUACCAUUUUUCCUGCCUUUUUUUUUUUAACUUCUCUGACCUCCAGUUCUACAUGUAACUGGAAAGAGCACUGUAAUUCUAACACAGAAAUUGCAGAGUGUUUCCCUCCCCCCGCCAGGCCUUUCCUGUAUCUUUGGGGGUGGAAGCUGGGGAAGGUUUAAGACCUGAAACAUUAAAUUUAUACAGAAGUCCUACAGGUCACUUAACGUGUGCAUCUGGGAUUUAUUUCAGUGUCAGUCUUCUCGGAGAUGGUAGAGACACAACUGGUAUUUCCUGACAAAAUUUGAGCCAGCCUACAAACUAGGAACAUUAGAGAACUGUAUAGGAUGAGGAUUUUUUUCAUGUUUUUAACAUUUGCAGCUCCUUCCCAAGCGGCAAGCACUGCAAAGCGUGCCUGAUCCUCACCUUCUCAGCACACGUCUGCACAGACAAGUACAGCACAAAACUACAGGCAGUCACAAAAGUGAAAAAAGACAUGGAAUUUUUUUCUUUUUUAAAAGUUUCUUAUUGCUGAGGCAUCUUGCUUGACUGUCCAGGUACAUUCCACACCUCUUCUAUUUGCCUUUAGGUUCCCGUGAGAAGUUUCUUCAUUUUCAUCUACAACUGUGAAUCUUCAUAAUUCUUCAGUUUAAUCACUGCUCUUCAUUUCUGAAAGCCUGGGUUUCGUUGGUGCUCAAUCUGCCAGUACACAGGUGGCAGGGGCUGUUCUUGGAGAUUCGUGCAGUAAAGACCAAGCAACUUCAAAAAGCUGAGGGCAGCCACAGCCUUCAAGUAACUGCCUACCUAAAGUACUCCGUUGAUAUUCUGUAGGGGAUACACUGAAAGAAGGCAUUCACAGUGAUUUCUUGAAAUAUGACAGCAAUCAAAUUGGAUUUUUUCUGUGGUAAUACUGUAAGAGCAAGCCACAUUUCUCCUAGAAAAUGCAGAGGGGGAAUAAAUCUAGACGUGCUCUUCUGAGACUGAUUUAGAUGGAAGUUCACCAAGUAAGUCACCCUGCGCAGCUGAAGUAAUAAGAGAUUUUGUGGCAUUGAGCAACAUAUGCAUCACAAUAAAAGGGCAGAGAGUUGUUUUGGGCUCUUUUUCUUGGCUGUGUUUAUUUCUGGUUAGCUGUAACUCAGAUACAAAACCCUUUUGUACUGCAGCAGAAUUUAUAGGGUAAAACUGAGAGUGCAACCAUUUCUAGUUUCUUCAGUUGAAAAAAACAAAUUGUAAAGGAUGCAGAGGCUGGUGGAAUAUAAAUCUCUGCAUAUUUCCAUUUACGAGUAGUUGCUGCCCUUGAACCUUACCCUGAAAUCCUUGCCCAAGAACUCUUCCUGUAAGGAAUAAGACAAAAUGAGUAAAUAAUUCAGGAAUCACUUCUCUCGCUAAUCAAAUAGCUUCUUUUCUUUCCAGUACUGCUAUGUCUUGGCUAGUGACGUUUCUGCUGGUAAGUUCUAUAAAACCUGAUGUGUUCUGGUGAUGUUUUUCACUACGGUUUCAGUUCUAGAUACUACUGAUUUAGUUCAGAGCCUAGGGAGAUCUUUUUAAAUUCCCUGUCCAGAAAGAGAACUCCAUUAUACACUUCAGCUUGCAUUAGCAGGAAGUUUUGUUUUGUGAUUAUGUUCUCAAGAGACCUGGCUGAAGACCCUCUGUUUUCAUGAACAACAGUCUUAGAAACAGGCACACAUUUAUUCCCACCUUUCCUUUCUUUUCUUCCCAAACAUUCACCGAAUAAUAUGUUUUUAUUGAUGUUUUAUUCACAAAAUAUUGUCUACAACUGAGUUAAAUUUUAAAUGGGAAGUGGCUGAUUUUUUUUGGCAAUUUUGAGAGUGGAAUUGCUAAGUGGAUGAUGACGCGUGCAAAUGUCUGCAGGAGGGAAUAAACUACCGUGAUUUUCCAAA